AUGCCCUCUGACGGAUCGAGGAAGUCUUCUCGGGUGACAAAGAGGACGAGUGCCAAAAACUCCCUUUUGUCACUGAAGCGUCCAUAUACUCUUGACGCAGCUAUCCCAUCCGAGAAGACAGGCAAAGAUGAAGAAAGCCAUGGACAAACAACUCCAACAACGACACCCACAACCGGGACAUCUUCAACCCCAACACACGCUAUCACUCGGAUAACAAUUCCGCCAUCCCCUCCGCCGCAAUGCCAAGUCAGCCCCCCAAACAUUCCCCCGCCAUCAAACCUCCCUGCAGUUCGGAUCCAAGCCCGCUCUGACAACUUGAGGAAGAUGCUGGCUGCGAUGAUGGAGAUGCAUGAGAAGACAUGCGCCUUGGCCACGAGGCAGCUCAUGGCAAAGGAAAGUUCGCUGCGGGAGGCGGAGGCCUGGGAGAGGCUUGCUGAGAAAGUUGCUGCUGGUGAGGCUGGGGUAGAGAGGGACAGGAAGACUGAGGCGAGGGUCGAUUAUGAGGAUGGGCUUGAUUACUUGGCGGCGUGUUUCAAGCUUCGGACAAUGAUGCAGGGUUUGUAUCAGGAAUCGUUCUGA